AUUUUUUAUCAGCAUUUGGAACGAUUGUAUUUUUGAUUGUCGAGUUAAAAGAUUUUCUUAAAACUUAAUAACUUUUAAGCACAAUAAUUAAUGCAAAGAAUAUUUUUUCGAACUUGGUUUACAGAGAUCAAUAUCCACUGCCUUUCCAUCUGUUCCGUAUCGUUAUUUUGAUGUAGGGACCGUUUCUAGAAAACACUUUAAGCGACAGACAUGGCCGCUAGUAGGAAACUACAAGGUAUAAAAACAUUUCGAAAUUCCUACUUUUUUAACAGAAAACCUUGGUCAAAUACGUGAGAAAGGAUGAGAAGGGAAAUAGAUCGAUGCUUAAAAAAAGUAACAGAGGGUGUCGAUACUUUUGAAGACAUCUGGCAAAAGGUCCAUACUGCAGCAAACAGCAAUCAGAAGGAAAAAUAUGAAGGUGACCUUAAGAAGGAAAUCAAGAAGUUGCAAAGACUUCGAGACCAAAUUAAAAGUUGGAUAGCUUCAGGAGAGAUCAAGGAUAAGAGCGUCCUUAUGGAAAAUAGGAAACUUAUUGAAACUCAAAUGGAGAGGUUUAAGGUUGUUGAAAGAGAAACAAAAACUAAAGCAUAUUCAAAAGAAGGACUUGGAGGAGCACAAAAAAUUGACCCAGCACAGAAAGAGAAGGAGGAAAUGCAACAUUGGUUAAGCACAUCAAUAGAUGAGCUAUCAAUACAGACUGACUCCUUUGAAAGUGAAAUAGAGCAGCUAUUGUCAAAAGGCAAGAAAAAACUGGACAAAGAUAAGCAGGAAAGGAUGGAAGAACUGAAAAGUAGGUUAGAGAGGCAUAGGUUUCAUAUACAAAAACUAGAAGCACUUUUACGAAUGCUAGAUAAUGAAUCUGUGGAAGUCAAACAAAUAAAACCUAUAAAAGACAACGUGGAUUACUAUAUAGAAGCUUGGAAAGACCCAGACUUUGAAGACAAUGAAUUCAUCUAUGAUGACAUCAUUGGUUUGGAUGAAGUUGAGCUUAGUGGAGUUGGAUUGCCUUCAUCAGUGACAACUGACAGUAUUGAUACAGCAGGAACGCCCACCUCUGUGAUAUCCGGAUCUUCGCCGGUGGCGACAUCGCCCGCCCCCUUGAUCGCCUCCAAUGGAGGGGGCGCCGUUGCCGCCCCUAUACCGCUUAACCAUUCCACCGAUCUAAUUUUCUUACCUGAGGAGAAAAAGGCUGUGCAAAAAGAGGUGCAACCUCCCCAAUCUAAGCCAGUGAAACCAACCGCAGUCCGGGCGUCAGUAUUAUCACUCAACACCAGUGUUAACUCUGUCCUGAACUACAGUAGUGCUAGCGCCGCCUCUACACCAGCCGGUAAAGGUAAGACGAUAGCCGCAUCGAGCACCCCGAACAAACCUACCGUUACACCAGCAGCGCGAGAACCUUCACCGGUUAUGACAAAUAUGACAACGAUCGGUAAUUUUGCUGCCGUGGCUGCUAAUAACCUUAACAAAACAGUAAACACCAGUACAGAGGCGCCACCAGCGCCGACACAGCAACAACAGACUGCACCUUGUCCUGCCCCAACGGCCCCGAAACCUUCCAACGACGUAGCACCCACCACCGAGAACAUUUUAAACCAAACAACGCACCUGCUAAAUUCGGUCACUGCGCCGCCUCAACAAGUACCAACGGUACCUGAAAACGUUCAAACGAUACCUAAUGGAAGUGUCGAUGAAAAGAUCUCAGAGGGCAUGUCGACCCUAAAAACCAUGGCCCAGCAAGUGAUAGAUAGGGCGGGACUGGACUCGCAACCGCAACAUCAACCCCAAGUGAUCCUCGAACCGCCUCGGAGUCAGAACCAGGCGAAAACGGAGGCGCAUAUUCCGCCUCUGCUUGGUGUCGCACCUUUAGGGGCUGUACCGCUACAGAAAGAACACCAGCUGCAAUUCCAAUUGAUGGAAGCGGCUUACUUCCACAUGCCCCAUCCAUCAGAUACGGAGAGAAUACGGACGUAUCUGGCAAGGAACCCGUGCAAUACACCUUCUUAUUAUAUACAAACUCCGCUAUUUAACUCAGACACGCCAGAGUUUUAUCAAAGACUUGGUACAGAAACGCUCUUUUUCGUGUUUUACUACAUGGAAGGCACAAAGGCUCAGUAUUUAGCCGCGAAGGCUCUUAAGAAACAGAGCUGGAGGUUUCACACAAAAUAUAUGAUGUGGUUUCAGAGGCACGAAGAACCGAAAAUUAUUAACGAGGAGUACGAACAGGGUACCUACAUAUAUUUUGAUUACGAAAAAUGGGGUCAAAGGAAAAAAGAAGGCUUCACAUUUGAAUAUAAGUAUCUAGAAGAUAAAGACCUUAAUUAAAGUUGUAUAGAUUUUAUGUUAUUAUUUAUAUAAAAACGUCUAAAACAGUAAA